AUCUGUUCUCAGAUAAAUCUGUCCCUCCCAUUCAUUCCACAACUCGUGGAUCUGAGGCUGACAAUAACACGAAAGGAUUUAGAUUUAUUAGAAUAGGAUUUCAGUUUUCACUCACAAGUUACUUGUAAGCAUUUCCUCUAGUGGAAUUUAUUGGAAAAUAAAAGAAUAGUGCAAAGUUAAAAUGUCGAUGCCCGAGGAAAAAAAGGCUGAAGACGAGGAAGAGUUUGGAGAUCUUGACGAAUUGUGGAAGCAAAUUUUCAACAGUGAAUUCACGGGAAGAUACGCCAGUAUAAAAGGAGUGCGUCUCCCGGAACUCUUCAUCAAAUUUGCGGAUGAGAUUGACAAUUUUAAAGUUCGGGAUGAUGAUGUGUGGGUCUGCAGCUUCCCCAAAGGUGGGACCACUUGGACGCAAGAGAUGGUUUGGUGUCUAGGGAACGAUGUUGAUCUUGAAGGUGCAAAAGCAGAUUUGUUCCAACGAUUUCCAUUUUUUGAAGUAACAGCUGUCGUUGAUUACUCAGCCUUCAGAAGGAAAAAACCUGAGGAGAAAUCAAAGAAACACGCAAUGACAAGCUUAGAAUUCUGCAACACUCGUUCCUCCCCUAGAUUCAUAAAAACACAUUUGCCUUUUCACCUUCUCCCCCGUGAUCUUCGCGAAGGGAAAACCAAUGCGAAGAUUAUUUACGUCUGGAGGAAUCCCAAGGACACCUGCAUAUCUUUUUUCCAUCAUUCUAAACUUCUGGAAGGGUACCGAGGGGAUUUUCAAUUAUUCUGCAAACUGUUUCUCGCUGAUAAACUGUAUUGUUGUCCAUAUUGGGAUCACAUCCUUGGAUUUUGGAAUAAUCAAAAUGAUGCAAAGCACAAGAUGCUAUUGUUGAAGUAUGAAGACAUGAAAGCGGAUUUAUCAUCAGUAAUUCAUAAAACCUCAGAGUUCCUGAGGAAACCCACACUCUCCCCCGAGAAGCUGGAAAUCCUCAUGGACCAUCUGAGCUUUUCGAAAAUGAAAAACAAUCCAGCAGUGAACAAAGAGGAAUGGAUAGCUUACAUCAAACAAUUUGAUCUUUGCAUUGAAGACGGAAAAUUCAUGCGAAGUGGUGAACUAAACCAGUGGAAGGCUGCGAUGUCCCCCGAAAUGUCUCAGAAAUUCGAUCAGUGGACUGCGGAUCACCUCAAGUCUUCAGACCUCACUCUUUAAAUGAUAUGAUAGAAAAAUUUUUAAUAACCCCCUGUUAAUAAACUCUACUCUCCAGGAUGGUUCUCUCAAUAAUCCCAAUUUGACUCGUGGGAUUAUAUAACUCGCCUUCGGCUCGUGCUCUAACCCCCCCACGAGCCAAAAAACUCUUUUCCG